CGAGAAGGGUGGGCUCUGACGGGUAGGCGAGCGGCGCGCACGCGCACGGAGCAAGAGCCACGCCAGCUUAGGUAGCUUCAGAGUGUGAUGCAGUGACGCCUCCAAAGAACCAUGGCAGCAGCCGACGAUCUGGCCUUCCACGAGUUCGAGGAAGCUGCAAAUCUUCUGGCAGAAACCCCAGAUGCAGCAACCACGAGCCAAAGUGAUAAGCUGACCUCACAAGAGCAUGUGGCUGUGGUUGUGGGUUCAGGCAUUGGCUAUGGAGCCGAAGGAGAGGAAGAGGAUGACAAAACAUCACUUCUACAGGAUGAAAAGCCACAGCCAAGAUUCUGGACGUUUGACUACUAUCAGAGCUUUUUUGAUGUAGACACCUCCCAGGUCUUGGACAGGAUCAAAGGUUCCCUGCUGCCCCAUCCUGGCCACAACUUUGUGCGUCACCAUCUUAGAAAUCGUCCUGACUUAUAUGGCCCCUUCUGGAUUUGUGCCACCCUGGCCUUCGUCCUGGCGGUUACUGGCAAUCUCACUUUGGUGCUUGCACAGAGACGGGACCCCUCCAUUCACUAUAGCCCCCAGUUCCACAAGGUGACUAUAGCAGGCAUAACCAUCUACUGCUAUGCGUGGCUAGUGCCGCUGGCACUGUGGGGCUUUCUCCGGUGGCGCCAGGGCACGAGGGAACGCAUGGGGCUGUACACCUUCCUGGAGACUGUGUGUGUCUACGGCUACUCACUCUUUGUCUUCAUCCCAACUGUGGUCCUGUGGCUUAUCCCAGUGCAGUGGCUCCAGUGGCUCUUUGGAGCCCUGGCCCUAGCCCUGUCAGCUGCUGGGCUGGUGUUCACACUGUGGCCUGUUGUCCGAGAGGAUACACGGCUGGUGGCCGCGGCACUACUGUCUAUUGUGGUGCUGCUUCACGCCCUCUUGGCUCUAGGCUGUAAGCUCUACUUCUUCCAGCCUCUGCCUCUGGACCAUGUGGUACCAGCACCCCAAGCCAUACCUCCAUCUCCCAACGUCCUGCUGCCCAGUUCAGUCCAGCCUAUGACGACCUUCUAAGAAGGCCCACAGGCCAAACUCAAUGGGGAGACUACUGCCCUCCGAUGAAGAUUGGAGGAUUCUUGGACCCUGGAGACUUCCUGCUAUUUUGCAGGCUUUUCUUACAAAGCAAACACUUUUAUUUUCUAUGCAAAGGUGAUCCAGAGAAUUUAUAUAAAGGUGGGGAGGGGCAGCCAAGCAGGGAGUAUUACUGAUGGACAGGAGAGAGCCUGGUUUCCCAGUCGCCUGAGGGCCCUUUGAUUCCCUGACAGGUCAGGAGGGUGGCACAGAGCAGCUCCAGCCUUUGCCAGAGGGUACCUGUGGUGGGCAGGAGCCCAGCUUGAGCUGUGGCCAUUAAGGUGGGGACUCUAGGGCAAGGGGACAGGGGAAGAGACUGGAAACUGCCUGUGCUUAUUAGUCACCCUUCCUUGUUUGCUUUUAUUUUCGUCUGGGGAGAGGUCCCUGCUAGGCCCCUUCCCAGGGAUGCUGUCUUGAGAGGAGUUGAGUGGAACAUGAAUGUGGAGGGAACACACAGGCCUAUGCUAGCUAUCAGGACAGAAUGCCUUCCUUGUGAUAGAUCUUUGAGGUCUCUUGUUUGCCACAGUAGCCCAGGGUUACUCACUCUGAGCUGCCUGUUCCAGCUUUUGACGGAGGGGACCUUCAAGGCUCAGGACAGGACAGUAGCAGAAAGCAGGGGCUAGGCCUUUGGACAGCUGGGUGGUUUGUACAUUCAAGUUUGAGGUGAACCCUUUGGUGGGAGGGGGCUUCGCCCACCCUGAAGGCUCGGCAGGGCCACCCCUCACCUAGAACCUCUGGGCCUAGGGACAGGGCUGCUGGCUUGGCCCGGCCAGCCGGGUUUCUCAGAGGGUCUGUGGGUUGACACUGGUUCUUUUCGUAAAAAAAUAAAAUUAAAAAAAGCA